AUGAAUGAAGAAAACGAAGAAGAAUGGAACAAGAAAAAUUUGAAAGCGAUGAACUUUAUUUACUGUAGUAUAACCAACCAGCAGCUUGAGUUUAUUGGUGAUGAGGAUACGGCAUUGAAAAUAAUGAAUAAGUUCGACAGCAUGUAUUUAAAGAAAUCCACCGCCCUGCAAAUCUGCGUGCGAAACAGAUUGGACAAGAUGAAGUUGCGUGACUUUGAAGACUCAAGUACCUUUUUCAGCGAGUUUGAGAAGGCGAUUAAUGACCUAAAAAGUGCUGGGGCGAGGGUUAGUGAGAGAGAGAAACUCGAUUAUAUGUUAAAAAUGUUGCCCGAUUUUAUGUGUUACAUCGGCGAUUUAAUUGACUCAGUGCAGGAAAGUGAGAGAACCUGCGAAUUCUUGAAGAAUAAAAUUUCCAUGUGGGAGUUGAAAAGCCGAGGAACUGAAAAGAAAAAGUACAGUGCAUUCAAAGCUGAAAAGAAAGAUGGAUCGUGCCGUGGAUGCGGAAAAUUCGGUCAUUUUGUGAAGGAUUGCUGGGCCACUGGCAAAGUUGGUAGCGGCUACAAAGGCAACGGUUUCGGCAGAGGUGGCAACAGCGGAGAGUCACAAACUUCAGGGGCGCGCGCCAGCGGCAGUCACAGCGGCACCGGGGCUCCUGGAGAGGGAGCGGACGCGACAACAGCCGGAGAGGGAGAUGGCAGACACGCGGAGAAGCGGCGGGCCACUACUCCGAGCAGCUGGAUGACUCAUCGGCCGGAACUUUCCUAA